GGAUCCUGUGUGAGCUGAGUCCGCUCCCCCUCGCUCGCUCCUCUGGGAUAGAAGAAAAUAAACCUUCUGCUGCUAAUCAAGCUAGUCAUGGAACCAACCCCUAAAUGCCCCUUUUGCCCUCUGUGACUGACCAAGAGAUGCUUUCCCUGCAUGCAGUGUCUCGACCUGGAAGAGCAGCAUUGAACCCGUUUGGAUAUUUGGUCUAUCUGAUUUUUAAAAGUCAAGUUAACGACGCCGGCCACUAACGUUAGAGGUUUCCAUUAGCAGCGAGUUAGCUAACCGGGCUAGCCUUAGCCUAGCACAGGAGCACCGAAUGAACUUCGCACAGACUGACUAACUGACUGGGAACUGCUGUUUGACUUCAAGCUUUCUUUUGGUCCUUUUCAUGGGAGUCUGUCGUUACUUAAUGGACACUAUCGCCUCGGAGCUUAAAGGCGACAACUGUGCAAAUGUUGUUUUUUUGGCGUUCGCUGUUAUUGAUCUGGAAAUCCACUGGUGAGCUAACAGGAUAUUAGCCACCUUUCUCGACACUGCGCUUUGUGGUUGCAGGCCAUGGACUGAAAAGCAUACAUCACUGACUGAUGAGACGACUGGCUUGAUGGCAGGUAAUUAUCUGUUGGGAAGCAGCAACUGGAUCCAACUUAACCGACAACAGAUGAUUUGAAAAUUGUUCCCUCAACAAUUCACCUCCUGACUGGUCCUUUUAUUGGAAAAUGCAUCGGAGUGCUGGAUCUCUUUCCAAGUUGGGAUAGAAGAGAUACGCAAGGAAACAGCGGGAUUACCCCACUGUUUAUAAAAGUCCUCCAGAGAAAUUACUCCAGGGAGUUUAAAAAGAGGUGAAAGAUAAUGUCUGCCGCAAAAGAAAACCCCUGUAGGAAGUUCCAGGCGAAUUUCUUCAACAAAAGUAAAUGUCAAAACUGCUUCAAACCACGAGAGUUGCAUCUAUUGACUGACCAGGACUUGACCCAGGCUAAACCUAUUUAUGGUGGAUGGUUGUGCUUGGCUCCCGAGGGAACUGAUUUUGACAAUCCUAUGCAGAGAUCCCGGAAAUGGCAACGGAGAUUCUUUGUGCUGUACGAACAUGGCUGUCUACGCUUUGCCCUGGACGAAUCACCAAGCACGCUGCCUCAGGGCACAGUGAACAUGAACCUCUGUACGGACGUCAUAGACGCUGAGCCCAAGACAGGUCAGAAGAACUCCCUGUGCAUCAUCACCCCGGAGCAGGAGUACUUCAUCAGAGGAGAGAAUAAAGAGAUCAUCAAUGGAUGGAGUGAACAGCUGGUGGUAUACCCCCGGACCAACAAACAGAACCAGAAGAAGAAACGCAAGGUGGAGCCUGCAACCUCCCAGGAGCCAGGUCCAGCCAAGGUAGCAGUGACCGGCUCUGGUAUCCCUGAUGCGGAAAAGGUCCCAGAUUCAAGCUCCAUCAUCUGGCAGGAGGAGCUGAACCAGAGAGAGGCUGAAGGGGCCCCUGUCUGGGCCCCUGCUGACCUACCUUCAGAAUCACCACUGCCUCCCACAGGUGACUGUGUACUACAGGGCUCUGACGCCGGCUCAGUGAAUGGAGAUGAGGUGGACCAAGGCAGCCUGGCACUUCAUGGCUCUGUGCCCCAGCCCCCCAGCGACCUGCUCUCCCCGACAGGCUCAUGCUCCAGCCUGGGGGGCGUCCCACGCUGCCUCUCUCCUGCACCCAGCGACCCCUUCCCCUCUGGCAGCUCCCUGCUCUCUAAUGGCUCCCACAUCAGCGGCUCAGUCAGCUCUCUGGACUCAGACGCCAGUGGCAGCACCGUGACCAGCACCGACAGCCACCCGACCAACCAGAGGGGCGGCCACUCCUACAGCCACCACGACACAUCUAGAUCCCGAAGGUUGGAGGCAGAAGCAAGAAAGGCUGAGAAGAGGAGCCGGUUUAGGAGCCCCAACAGGCAGGAGAGGGAGGCUGUCCUGAGCCCCGAGAGGAGUCGCUCUGGUGUUAUUGAGAAGUUGGAGGCCUUGGAGCUGGAGAAUCCAGAGAAAAUGGAGGUGGAAGAGUCUGGGAGGAGUGGAGCCAGACAGGGCCGAAGUGAGCACAGACGCUUCCACAGAGAGGAGCAGAGGCAUGACAUGGGUCAGGGUCUGGAUUUUCCCUCCACCCUGCCUCCUUUGAGGAGAGCCAAGUCCCUGGACAGAAGGACCACUGAGUCGGUCAUGACGCCGGAUUUACUGAACUUCAAGAAAGGUUGGAUGGUGAAGCUGGAUGAGCAAGGCCAGUGGAAGAAAUACUGGUUUGUUUUGACGGAUCACAGCCUGAGAUACUACAAGGACUCCAUUGCAGAGGAGGCGUCUGACCUGGAUGGUGAGAUUGACCUGUCUUCUUGCUACAGUGUAACUGAAUACCAGGCUCAACGCAACUAUGGCUUCCAAAUACAUACCCAGGAAGGUGUGCAUACUCUGUCAGCUAUGACAGCAGGCAUACGCAGGAACUGGAUUCAGGCAGUCAUGAAGAACGUCAGACCCUCAACUGCCCCUGAUGUGGCAAGCUCAACUGAGGAUCAUGGCACCUUCUCUCCCUUGGAGGGUCUGGUUAGGCCAGAUGUCACCCAGGACUCUCCCUCCUCUGAGACCUCAUCUGUGGAGAGAGAAUCCACUUCGGGCGUCAUAAAGAGUCGGGCACGUGAACGCAGAAGAGAGGGUCGCUCUAAGACCUUCGACUGGGCAGAGUUCAGACCUAUUGCUCAGGCUCUGGCUCAGCAGCGGGCGCAGGAGGCCGAGAGCCUCCAAGCAGACUUGGGAGAGCUUGAACGCAGUCGGAGAAGAGAAGAGAGGCGGAAAAGGUAUGAGUCUGUUACCAGCUCAUCGACAGAGCAAACAUCCAGUAAAGAAGGAGGGAGGACAGACUGUGAAAGUGGAGAGGGAGUCGGACAGACAGAUUCCUUAGGUCCAACAUCUUUGGAGAGGCAGCAGAGGGUGGAAGAGGUGAUUGAACAACACUGGCAACAAGUGGAGAAGACGCCCAUACGGGAGGAAAGGAGGGUGCCUCUGGCCACCACAGUGCAACCCAGAGAGACUGUGGAGAUUGAGCAGCUGCUGGAGAAUUACAAGCAAGGGAUUGAGGACCUGAAGGCACAGUUGAAGAAUUGUCACCAGCAGCUCCUUGACUCAAACAAGCACAAGCAGGAGCUGGAGCUCCAGCUGAGAACAGCUCUGGAAAGAGAGCAGGAUGUCCGAACGGGUUACAUCUCUCCGCUGGAGCACCCUUUGGGUCUGGAGGCUGAUGUGAUGCCCCAGACGAAGAGGCCCGAACUGGUUAGUUCUCAAGCACAGAGUUUAACAAAGAAGUACCUGGAGACCAAAGAGCUCCUGAAGCUGCAAGAGCUGAAAAAGCGCAAUAUGCAGGCACAGCUUGGCCUCUCCCUUUCUCACCUGCCCAUCAAGCAACCUUAUUUCUCUGAAUCCCCAAAACCAUCCAUUCUGGAGGUCCCUCCCCCUGAACCUGUCCAAAAAACAGUUAGCUUUUUGCUCCAGGACAGCACGGAAGCAAUUCAAGAACUAGAAGACUUGAUAACUGAUAAACCUCUGUCCUUAACGGAGCUGUCUAAAGUGUUAAGAUUCUAUAGUUGUAAUCAAGAGACAGCAGAGAAACAUCAACUUCAGAAACUCUUGGAGACCUGGAAGUACCAACAGGAAAUAGAAAAUGAAAUAUUAAAAAAGAGUUUAGCCAGGGCAGGAGAAAACAUUCGUGACUAUGAAACCCGUCUUCUAACCAUGGAGGAUUUGGUGGGGAAGGUUCAGAAACAGAAGUUUGAAAGCCUAAAAAGUCCCUAUGGUCCUCUCUCAGAAAUUGAAAAGCAUUCCGAGACAAACGAGAUGUCAGUUGGGAUGCUCUCUCAGAGGGUUGAAGUUUUAACUAAUGAAAACGGGGCAUUGAAACAACGGUGUCAGGAGAUAGUGAACCAGCUGACUGAAGCUGACAGGGAAAUAGAUAGACUGAAAGCCGAGCUGAUUGGCCAGCAGGGUGGCAAACAGCAUCAAGUGGUCAUGGAAGAGCUGAAAAGACUGAAGGCUGAACUGGCUGAAAACCAGGCGAAUGCAAUAGACAGGGAGUAUUACGAGAGGGAGCUGAAUGAGAAAUCCUUGAGGCUUCAUGAAGCUCUGGUUACAUUGGAGGAGCUUGGCAACACCCUAAAAGACACUGAGAAGAAGCUGCAUUUGAAAGAAGCUACACUAAAAGGUCUGGGCUUUCACACAGACAGUGAGGACAAGGAGUUACAUCCCGAGAAAGAGCAGCUCAAAGAGCUGCUGGAAACGUCACAAUCAAAGUUGUUUGAGAUGGAUGCAAAUCUUAGGUCUACAGAGCAGCGCUGUUUGGAACUUGAAGUCAGGAACAAUGAACUUAUUACACUUAAUGAGGAAUCUGAGAAAGUCAGAGAGAAGCUAAAAGAAGCAGAAAGUGAAAUAACAAUGCUAAGAGAGAAGUUAGAAAUGAAGACGGGUAAAGUUAAAAAGACAGUUAGCGAGUGUGUUGAAGCAGAAGAGAAGCAGGUUGAUGAUAAAGGACUUACAAAGCAAGUAGUAGAAGAGAUAGAGAUGAGGUCUGAGGCAAUUGAUCAGGUUGUAGAGAUGCUAUCAAAGGUAGAUGUUGAUGUAGAAAAAAUGCUCAGUGAUUUAAAAAGCACUUUAUUUGGUUCUUUGAAAGAGGAGCCACUCUGUGUGAGUCAGAAAGACAUGAGGUUGGUAAUAGAGGGAGAGUUUUGGAGCCAGCUGUUGGGUACAUUCGAAAUCCAACCAGAGGAAAACCAACACAGCUGUGAAAGAGGUGUGGCACAACAGAUGAUGGCACAGAAGCGCUUGAUGCUCUUGAUUAGUGGGAUUGGUCCACAAGUAAAAGUUGAGAGUGGGGUAGUGAUAGAGCCAGAUUUUGCAGCGAUGUAUAAAUGGCUUGAUGAUGAAACUAAUGCUCUGAUUCUUAAAGAGUUAACGGAGACCUUGGAGGCAAAGUCAAAUGUUUUGAAGCAGAUUGCUUCCAGUGUGAAGUUAGCCAGAGAUGACCAGCUUGUCUCUUUGGCUCUAUCAAGCUUUGUUUUUGGUCGAGAACAGAAACAGUCCUCUGAGUAUCUGUGUGAUGCCCUUAAAGAAGCGUUCAUGUCUUAUAUGAUAACUAGGCUGAAUGUCCAACAUGAGAAAAAAAUAAUGCAAACGCAUACAGAAGUUGAGUUUGGUAGCUUUGUAGAUUGUCCAAAUUGUCCUAAAUUGAGAGAAGCCACCAGAGAUCUGGAGUCCCAACUGGCAGAUCUUGAGAGCCAACUAUUCAAGGCUUCUCUGAAAACCACCACAGGGCCACAAACUUUGAUCCAGAUUGAAGGAGAGCCCAUAGACUCAUUGGAUAAAUACAUUGAGCAUGAUGACAUGAUAGCCAGGCAUAAAAAGGAGCUACGAGAGGUCAAAGACAGCUAUGAGCAGGAAGCUGAAAUGUUGAGGCAGGAAAUCGCUAAGGCAGGUGAGACACUGCGUGUCCGUUCAGAAGAAAAUGUGAAAGAGAUUGACUCGCUAACAAAUUGCAUGGAGAACCUGAAGAAGAAGCAUGAGAUGGAGAGGAAAAACCUCAUGGAGAGGUUUGACAGGGAAAUGGAAGAGCUGAGAAGCAUGAUGAGUCCUGCAAAUCCAGACAACAACUUGACGGACGAGGACAGACAGCUGCAUCACACCUUGGCCCAAACAUCCACUCUGAAAGAGUGCAUUCAAGAGCUGCUGAGCCAAGUCUCCAUCAUGACCCAAGAGAUGAGACGACGUGAAGAGCAGGGAGACAUUACGACCCUACGGCUGAAAUAUGAGAAAGACCUGGAAAACCUCAAGGCCACGUGUGAGAGGGGCUUUGCUGCCAUGGAGGAGUCCCAUCAGAAGGUGAUAGAUGAGCUGCAGAGGAAACAUCAGAGAGAGCUGGAGAACCUUAAGGAGGAGAAAGAGCGACUGCUAGCAGAGGAGACAGCAGCCACCAUCGCUGCUAUUGAAGCGAUGAAGAAUGCCCAUCGGACAGAGUUGGAGAAGGAGCUGGACAAGGCUCGCAAGGCCAACAGCAACACAGAAAAUGCAGACAUAGAAGAGAUUCGCAGACAGCACGAGGAGGAGCUGUGUUCGUUCCAGCGGGAGAUCGAGGUGUUGUCGGAGCAGUAUUCCCAGAAGUGCCUAGAAAACGCCCACCUAGCCCAGGCGCUGGAGGCUGAGAGGCAGGCCCUCAGGCAGUGUCAGAGGGAGAACCAGGAGCUCAACGCACACAACCAGGAGCUGAACAACCGUCUUGCAGCAGAGAUCACCAAGAUGCGCGCCAUGACAUCUGAGGAUGGCAUAGGCGACACGAACGCCACAAUACAAGGAAAAGAGAUCUACGAGUUAGAAGUGAUGCUGAGAGUGAAGGAGUCCGAGGUCCAGUACCUGAAACAGGAAAUCAAUUCCUUGAAAGACGAACUCCAAGCUGCCCAAAGAGACAAGAAAUAUGCAACAGAUAAGUACAAGGACAUCUACACAGAACUGAGCAUUGUCAAGGCCAAAGCAGAGCGGGAUCUGGGCCGGCUCAGAGACCAGCUGCAGCUGGCUCACGAGGCACUCGGGGAGCCGUCACUGGAGGAGGUGGAGCGAGGAGGAUAUGAUAUCAUGAAAUCCAAAAGCAACCCAGACAUCCUGAAGAUGGCAGCCGCUGCAGCCAAACGCUCAGAGCGCACUAUGAGGUCAAAGAGUCUAAAGGAAGGGCUCACGGCAGAGCAGAGACUCCACCUCUUUGAAAACAAAGACACCAAGGAGUUCUGACAGUGACGCAUCAUGUCCACCGACCUGCAUGUUUAGAAGCCCACUAUAUUUUAGCUCUGUAAUUACUUAUUUAGUAACACUACACACUGGUCACAAAACACAGAUCAUAUUAUUAAAAAAUAUAUAUGGUAUGAAGUUUGAAUUUCAUGUCUAGAUUUUGCAUUCCAUGCACUUCAGUUAACUGUGACAUUUUUUUGUAUGUGUUUAUUUUUUGCUGCCAUGUCUUAUUGUAAAUACUGUUUUUAAUGGCGAAUCUGUCAUGCAUACACUAAAACUAUGACUGUGUAAGCUACUGUUUUAACUCCCUAGACUCUUGCUAGCCAAAGGCAUAAAUGUGAUGUUAAAAGGCUAAACGCUAAACACAACUACAUAUUGUUGACUGAGUAAUACUUGCAUAACAAAACCAUAGGAAUGAGUCUGGCGUUCAGGUCCGUUAACGCCCUGCCGCUCUAAUACUCAUCUGCAUUAUUAUACAACAGCUGAAUGCAUAUGGAUGGAAGAAUCCACUUAUAUAUAUAUAUAUACACACACACACACACACACACACACACAC